GUGGGCUUUGUUUUCAUAACUUCCAUAGACUUGUUCGCUACACACAACUAACUCAUCCUUCAUCAAUAAUAGUAAUAUUAUUGGAGAGAGCUUCCCUUCCCAGUUCCCAUCCAUGGAGCAGAAAAAGGAGGCGUUAAUGAGAUCAGUGGAAGCAGGGAAAGGAGGGUUUAGAGCCGCGCUCUUCAUAUACGCAUUGGCGGGGUUGGAGCAGAUGGGGUUCAUAGCAAACAUGGUGAGCCUGGUGCUCUACUUCUCGAACAAGAUGUACUUUGAUCUGGCAACUGCAGCCAACACUCUGACCAACCUCAUGGGCUCCACUUUCUUGCUCUCCAUUCUUCCUGCGCUCCUUUCCCGCGCUACUUACUUCCACACUGCUCUCAUUUUCGGCUCUCUCGAACUCCUGGGUCUACUGAUGAUGACAAUACAAGCUCACAGUAAAAAUUUGUUACCAAAACCUUGUGGGAAGGCGACAUGUAUAGAAGGUGGAGUUGCUGUAUAUUUCUACGCAAGCUUGUCCUUGCUGGCACUAGGGGCGGGUGGGGUGCGGGGGUCUCUACUCCCUAUGGGUGCCGACCAGUUUGACCCCAAGGAGGCCAGAAGGCUUGCCACAUUCUUCAACUGGUUCAUGUUCAGCAUAAUGUCUGGUGGAGCUGUUGGCGUCACAUUCAUCGUAUGGAUUUCCACCACAGACAACACCUGGUGGAAGGGCUUUCUCAUCAUCACCGUCGCCGCCUUCAUUGGCUUUGCCAUUCUCGCCAUCGGGAAGCCUUUUUAUUCUCUCCAUGUCCCCGCACCAAAUACUAACCCCAUUUUCCGCAUUGUUAAGGUUAUUGUUGUGGCGAUAAAGAAUCAUGGCUUGCACUAUCCGGAGAGCCCUAAUGAAUUGUAUGAAAUCAAUAAUGAGGAUAGUAAUUCCACGUCUACAAAAAUUGCACAUACCCAACAAUUUAGAUGGCUAGACAGAGCAGCAAUUGUGCUCCCCGAAAUCAAACACACAAUUAACAAGGGGCCAUGGAAAGUGUGCACAGUGACACAAGUGGAGGAAGUGAAAAUCCUGAUAAGAAUGAUGCCCAUAGUUGGGUGCACCAUCAUCCUCAACACAUGCUUGGCGCAACUCCAAACAUUCUCCGUUCAACAGGGCUACCGUAUGGACCUCCAAAUAGCACCCGGAUUCCGCGUCCCCGCCGCUUCGAUGCCCCUCAUCCCUAUGAUCUCCAUGCUCCUCCUCCUCAUCGUCUAUGACCGCCUCUUCGUCCCUUUCGUCCGCCACUUCUUCACCGGCCACCCGUCGGGGAUAACGCAGCUGCAGCGCAUCGGGGUGGGGCUCGCCCUGGCGUCGGUGUCCAUGUGCAUCGCAGCCAUGGUGGAGGUGAGGAGGAGGCGACAGUCGUUAAGGGAUCCGUCGAAGCCUAUUAGCGUGUUGUGGUUGGGUUUGCAGUAUGGCGUGUUCGGGACGGCAGACAUGUUUUCGCUGGUGGGAUUGCUGGAGUUUUUCUAUAGGGAGGCGCCGGCGGGGAUGGAGUCGCUGGCAACGUCGUUCGCAUGGAUGUCGCUGUCAUUGGGGUACUUUCUGAGCAGUGUUUUCGUGGAGGUGAUUAAUGUUGUGACAAAGAGGGUGGAGGGUGGGCAUGGUGGGUGGCUGCAUGGGAAGGAUCUUGACAAGGAUAAGCUCGAUUUGUUUUACUGGUUCUUGGCAAUCUUGAGUGCAGUUAAUUUUUUGAAUUAUUUGUAUUGGGCUACCUGGUACAAGUACAAGAAUUGAUAUAUAUAUAUAUAUAUAUAUGCUAGAACCCGGCGCGCGGAUGCCGCGCCGGUGUGUACAAUAAAAAUAAUUUCGUAUAAAACAUAUACAUAC